AUGGUCUGUCUAAGGAUAUAUCUGAAUACAUUUCUUCAAAUAACUAUUCAUCUUUCUUUCUAUAUUAUUUAUAUCUAUCUAUCUAUCUAUCUAUCUAUCUAUCUAUCUAUCUAUCUAUCUAUCUAUCUCUCUCUCUCUCUCUCUCUCUCUCUCUAUAUAUAUAUAUAUAUAUAUAUAUAUAUAUAUAUAAAUGCAGGAUAUGUUUGUACGAUUUUUGAAUUAAUCAUUCCGUUUCUAAUCUAUCUAUCUAUCUAUCUAUCUAUCUAUCUAUCUAUCUCAAUGAAUACUCGUAAGAGUCAUGAAAUAGUCAUUGGAUUAACGGCACAUUCAUAUCUAUCUAUCUAUCUAUCUAUCUAUCUAUCUAUCUAUAGUCACUUUGUUCAUAUCUAUCUAUCGAUCUCAUUAUAUCCACAUCUAUUUAAAAAUCUCAUUCACGUCGUUCUCCCCUUCACCUUUCUUCUUCUCAUUAUCUUUCACUCUCUUUGUCUCUAUCUAUAUCUCUCCUUCUACCCACUCUCUCUCUCUCUUUCUUUCUCUUUCUCUGUUUCCAUUUCUGUAUUACAAUUAUAUUCUCUCUCACUUUCCAUUUACACCGUUCUCCACUUCAUCUUUUUUCUUCUCAUUAUCUUUCACUCCCUUUGCCCAAACUAUAUCUCUCUUUCUCCCCUCUCUCUUUAUUUCUCUCUCUUUUUUCCCUUUCUCUCUUCUACUUAUCAUCUUCUCUCUCACAUGCACAUUGUUCUCCCUCUCACCUUUCUUCUUCUCAUUAUCUUUCUUUCUCUUUGUCUCUAUCUACAUCUCUAUUUUUCUGGACCCUCUUUCUCUCUCUUUAUAUUUCUCUGUCUCUCUCUCUCUCUCUGUUUCCUUUUCUGUCUUCCACUUAUCAUCUUCUCUCUCACUUUACAUUCACAUCGUUCUCCCCUCACCUGCCUUCUUCUCAUUACCUUUCACUCUCUAUGUCUCUAUCUAUCUCUCCUUCCCCCUCUCCCUUUCUCUCUGUUUGACUUUCUCUCUUGGGCUUAUCAUCUUCUCUCUCACUUUACAUUCACAUCGUUCUCCCCUUCACCUGCCUUCUUCUCAUUACCUUUCACUCUCUAUGUCUCUAUCUAUAGCUCUCCUUCCCCCUCUCCCUUUCUCUCUGUUUGA